ACCAUGGGUUGCUGCGGCGAUCGCGAGAAGGCCAUUGCCGUGAGCGAGGAACAGAAAUGGGACUAUAUUGUAUGUCUUACCCUGUCCGACUUCAAGUCUCGUUCCUGCCUGACUCCACUCUCCUAUGCAUGGCUGUGGAUUCUCGUCAUAAUUUCCGUCGCCGUCUACGCUGCCGAUGCCUUCACUGCCGUCAAUCUCCUCGCCUUCAACAAAUGGUCUAGUGAGGUGCGCCCCAAGGUCAGCUUCGAUGUCGCCAAGUGGAUCUUCGCCGUGUGCAUCAUCCUCUCCUACGUCUUCCUAAUGUAUCGCUGGCUGAGGGCAUGGCGCGUCAUUCGUUCUGGAAGCGUUACUGAGAGCUACCUGGAACCUCUCGCUGCCAUUUUUCAAAGUAUGCGUAUUACAAGAAGGGGUCAAGGCUGGCGUCGGUUCUUGGUCUUUGCCGAACUGACGAGAAGCAAAAAGGGCGCCGAUUAUCUGGCGCUCUUCGUCUACUUCCAAUUCAAAGGCGCGCUCCUCAUCAUACUGGCACAAGGGCCCCGCAUGGUCAUCAAUGCCUUGACCCUGUGGGCCGUCAUGCAGGCCCAACUCAUCCCUGUUGGUGAACAUGCUGCUCCCAAAGAUCGAUCGCCCGUCCUCCAGUUCUUCAUGAACAUCGAGACUAUGACCAAAACCGGCAACACGCGGGAAACAGUCAUCUAUUUUGCCAUGCUGUUUUCUCUGGUCAUUUGGGUCAUCGCUGCCCUGUCUUUGUUCCUGUCCCUCAUAUUCUACGUGUUCUUCCUGUGGCAUUAUAUUCCCAGCUCCGACGGAACCCUGACCCAGUACUGCCGACGCAAAGUCGAAGCUCGUCUCGGAAGGGUCGUGAGCAAGAAGGUCAAGAAGGCCUUGGAAAAGGAGGAUCAGAAACGCCGCGAGGAGGAGAGUGGUCUCAAGAAGAAGGGUGAUACCGAAGGAGCUCCAAGGGCGCCAACUCUUCCGAAGCUUGCAGGCACGGACGAGGACACCGCUUCAGUGUUUUCCAUGAGCACCUCGACCACAACACUGCCGCCUUAUGCUCCCAACGGACCCACGAGGUCCAACACAACCAGUACCAACGCCACAUCAAGGACUCUGGCCAUGACGCCCUCGCUGCCUUCAUUGAGCGAACGGCCGAUUCCCAACCGAUCUGAUACGUCCUUCACCUACGCAUCGGACGCACCUCUUCUCAGUCAGGCUGGAAACAUGGGAAUGUCCUCGCCUGUGCCACCGAUGCCCCAGCUUGAUCGAGAAGGCGACUAUUUCCAAGCUGGACCUGGGCCUCGUCCCAUGCCUCGUGGUCCUCCUGGACGUCCAUUCUCGCCCAUGUCCCAGGGACGAGCCCCUCCGUACUCGCAGCGAGGCCCACUCCCGCCCGUCAAGACGUCCUUCUCGGAUGGUCGUGGGACCCCGUCCGGGCAGCUGAUUUCUCCCCUGCCUAGCGAAACCGGUACGCGAAACCCACCGUACCCGUCGCAGGGCCAGAUCGCCGACCCGACUUUCUCACCAUAUGAUAACCGAGCCCCCAGAACGGGACCAGCGUACGAGAUGUCGCCCGUAGACAUGACACCUGUAGACAACCGUGGCCCGCAAGAAUACGAUUACCCGCUAGACAUUGCAGACGAGUAUCAGCGUCCUCAACUGCCCAACGCUCUUCGCCCAGCAUCUCCGGCCCAGCAUACAACCCAGAACACCCGGACAUCGCCCCCACCGUCGCGGGCCGGUACGGCUCCUCCAAGGAACCCUCGUGCAGGUCUUCCAGCUGCCCUACAAUCCGCAAUACAACGGCGCGAAGCCUCGCAACCUCUCCCGAACCGGGGUCCUAAUGGCAUGCCGCAGCAAAGGAGCGCCACGGCGCCUCUGCGACAACCGGGGUGGACCCAUGAUCCCUAUGCCAGGAGCAACACUGCGGCGCCAGGUGCUCAAGGAUACAACGGAUACUAGCCAAGUCCAGCAGCUGGGAAUGCGGGCGUACGGACACGAUUUGAUACCAUGACUGAUUGUUUUUUCUUUUCUAGCUCAGUUGCAUGGAUGCAUAAUGAGGCGUUCAUCAUUUCUUCGACGGGAUCGUAUCCAAGGAUUCGAUUCCGACUUUCCGUAGGCGACAUAUAUGGGAGGAUUGACGAUGCUUUUAUGUGCAGAUACCCUUUCACCAAUCUACUCGCUCCUAUGGGCGGAGCCACGGCCAGCUGGAUUAGCUCUGUGUGAGCUUUGCAGGAGCUUUGGGGGGGCUGUAGUGUCCAAAUACACAGAAUGGAGUGUUUUGCAGAG